AUGAACUAUGUUGAUAAGAAUAAAGUUCAAUGCGACCAGCAAAAGACAUCCACUGAUUAUCAAGAGCCGCAGAAGAUUGAGAUAACAUUGCAAGUCGAUUCUGUCUCUCGAGAUAGUAUAACCGUUAAAACGAAGGAAGAAACCGAAUUGGACGAAGAACCUAACUACGAAAAGAUAACUCCAGGCCUAAAUAAUGGUUAUCUCGAUGAACCUGAAAAUGCCAACGACGAUGAGAUUUGGUAUUCUUGUAACGACAAAAUCUCCGAAGAUUGGCUGGGCACUAACGACUUUGAAAUCGAUGAAUUCGAGCUAAAAGAGAAAGAAAAUGAGGAAAACAAUUUCAGUCAAGAACUUGUUAAUAAUAACAAGGCUAGCAAAAAUAUUGUAUACUCUAAUGAAGCUAGAGAAGUUCGAAUAAGUCGAAGCGAAAACAAGCCACUUGAAAUUAGAGUUGGAUGA